ACCGAAAUGGAAGAGACAGCCUAAUCGAAGAAUCACAAAUUCAAUAGAGAAAACGUUCAGAUGAGAACAGGGUUUACCUUUGUGAAGAACAUUUGGGAACAUUGUUUUGACUGAUUUGAUUGUGCCUGAUUCGAAAUCUGUCAAAAUUGAAUCUGGAUCGAACUCGUCUUCUGCCAAUAUUAGUUUGAAAAAUUUGUUGUAAUCGGCGGCACUUUUUCCGAUCAGCAGACCAUAAACCAGGGGAAUAAUCUGAGACGUAAACAACACAUAUAACGUGAACAAUUGAUAAAAAUCAUCAGGACACACCUGAAAGAGAGAAAUUUUAGUUUCUAAUGGGCAUCAUUAUAUUUAACUCUAACUUUGAAUGUUCCAUCAGCAAACCAAUGGUUGCAAUUUUUCAGCACCGAUAAAUUUGUUUCAGUCGUAAAAAUAACAAGCUUUUCGUCUUCAUAUAAUACGAAAUCUUCACCACGAUCUGUUUGUUUCAAAUUAACUGGCAGCCGACUGUCCGGAUCCAGUGGAAUUGCUUUACGUUGUCGACGAAUAGUUCUCAUUAAUACGUCACUUUUUGAUAAGUCACCAGCCGCAUGCAAAGGAAAUGCUCGUAGCGCAGAGUGUAGAAUGGUACUUGAAUUCCCUGCAAGGUCACAUUAGUUUUAAUUUUUACUGACACAUCUUGAGUCCUAAAUAACAAACUUUCUCAAUGUCGUGCCUUUCUCAUGAAAAGUACAGUUUUCUACCAAAUCUGACUUUUGUAAUAUGUUUUUUUUACUAUUAAGAAGUUAAUGAGAAAUUCUCUCCAGUAGAUGGAUCAAUACAGUUUUUCGAAGACGACAUUGUCAUCUAUUUAGUUUUCAAAAAGGGUUUUCUCCUCAAGCUGCAGUGAAAAAUUAAAGAAAAAAGUGCUUUGCAAGAGCAUUUAGGCGACGUUUGAUAUUUAUAUUUUUCUCACUCAAACUCAAUUACAAAAAAUUUUGUUGUCUAUGUUCUUUGAAGUUCAGGCCUUAAGAGAAAAAUAAUUAAAUUGCCAGCGCAUCAGGAACAUGCGUAAAUAAUGCUCGACAUUUUUUCCAUUUCUUUUGCAUCAUAUGAUAUUUCAAAUUCUAUUUAUUUCAUAUACAUCAUUUAUGACUUACUCAUACCUUUUUCUUUUACAACAAAGUGAGUCGAAAGAAACAUAAUAAAGAGGAAGGAUUGAUGCAUACAUAAUAUUCUAAUCACGAUAAUUUUGCUCAUACACAACUGUUACAAGGAUUGAAAGUGAAUAUUUUUCCGUUCUUUGACCUAGAAAUCUCAUCGAACAAUGACGAAACAUUUCAUAUUCGGAAUAUCAGGUUCAAAUUUCGAAAUUGUUUUGCGCUGAAUUCCGCGCAAUGGGCCUCGAUCGGAUGCUGUCGAGCUUUAUAGAAUCAUCAACUUAUAAUUAUCCAGAUUGGCAGAGAAGAAAACGAAUUUGUUUGUCGAUAGGAGAAUAAAUAAUGGCACAGAGACAGAGCAACAAUAAUGAGGAAAGUUGUAGCAACUUCACUAUUAAAGAUCGUGUGCGAAAAGGUUCUGAUGAAAUAUUUAAGACAAACAUCUCUUACUUUUUAUGUUCAGCGAUAGUAACAUCAAUGUCAUGAAGCACCGUACUCAUAGAAUUUGUUUCUAUUUUCACUAGGACAAUGACAAAGACGAUAACCAAUAGCUUGAAUUAGUGUUCAUUGAUUAUUAUUGUCAGGAUAACUUCAGUCGUUAUCGAUCUUGAUCAAGUGUAUAUAUGCAAACACUAUCGAUUCGUCGAGUGCUUCAAUUAUUAGUUGUGUUCCUAUUAUUGAUUCUACAUAUUUGGAUUUAUUAAUCACGUUCAUAAUCAACCAUUUUGUUUACUAAUGGUAGUAGUGAUUGUCAACAAUCUCUCUUUGAGAGUGAUAAGUUUAUUUGUGAAUCGAAUUCUAUCUAGAAUGAACGCAAACACAUUUUUCAUACUCAAGACAAAGAAAAUAUGAUGAAGCGCCCAGCUGAUUUCUAUUUUUCAACAAACUAGAACCAAAUUUUCAUUGUUCACAUGCUCGACGUAUCGGUAGAGUUGAUGAUGGUGGCAAAUGGGUCUGUGAUCCGUAUCGAUUGAAAUCGCGUCAUGAUUGUCUAAUAUACAGUGUUGGAUCAAGUGGUGGCUUUUCUUUCGAAACUGACAUGAAAAAAGUCGUGCCCCAGUGUGAAAUUCAUACAUUCGAUAAAAAUUCAUACUUAUGUCCAAUUAACACAUGUAUUUUUCAUCAGAUUAUGUUUGGUACUGAAAUAAAAUCAAAGAGUUGGCCGACUAUUAUUCAAGAAUUGAAUCAUACAAAUCGGCUCAUUAAUAUACUUACAAUUGACAUAGACGGUGGUGAAUUCUUAUUCUUCCCUCAACUAUUUAAUUCGGCAAAGAGCUCAUUUCCGCGACAAACUCUUGUUGAAAUUCAUCCGAUAAAUAUCACUAUUAUUCAUAAUUUCAGUCAAAACAAUGUUCCCAAAUGUUCUUCACAAAGGCUGUCUCUUCCAUUUCGGUCAAUGUGUAUGGCGUCAGAUUCAAACACAAGGUUUAUCCAUGAAAUAUCAGCAUGAUGAACAUUUUCGGUUGAAUGUGAAAAAAUUAAUUGCCUUGGCGUUUGUUCCAAUCGUUGACGUUGUCGAAGGAUUUGUUUUGGUUGCUGGAGAAUUUGACGACGAUGCGGAUGAAGUUGUGGAAUAUUUUGAAAAAAUAUGGAUUGGUGAACAAAAAAAAAGAGUUUUUGCAAAACCAAUGCCAUAUUUGGGAUCAGCAUCAAAAACCGAAUUGAUUGAUGAAGCGGUCGAAAAAAGCCACAAUUUGCUCAUCAAUUGGAAUAUAUAUGAACGUGUUGUUGAUGACCUUACGCGUUCAAACAACUCAGUUGAAGGCUGGCAGAGCGCAUUUGCUAAUCGUGUUUCGAUCAGUCAUCCUACAGUUGCCAAAUUAGCCGACAAAAUUCGUCGAGAACAAUCAAAAUUUGAAGUUGAUAUCGCACAAAUUCGUCAAGGACAUGAACCCAAACCAAAGAAAGCGUCGUAUAGAAAACGCGAUGAUCGAAUUAAACGUUUGGUGAACGCUUAUGAUACGAACCAUUUGGAUGAAUAUUUGAAUAGCAUUGCAGCAAAUGUGAAAUUGUGA